CUGCUCGUCCCUAGGGGCUGCCCAUCUUCGCCCGUGGGGCCUCCGCGGCUCGCAGGGACGGUCCCGGCCCGGCUCCGCCCUGCGGCUCCGGCGCCAUAUAAAGGCGCCGCCACCAUCCCCCGCCCCGAUCUGAGCGGAGCGGGAGGUUGAGGCCGAGCGGCCGCCAUGGUGUUGAACCCGGUGCUGGGGAAGCUGGUCAGCAAGAGGGUGGUGCUAGCCAGCGCCUCGCCGCGCCGGCAGGAGAUCCUCACCAACGUGGGCCUGCGGUUUGAGGUGGUUCCAUCCUGGUUUAAGGAGACGCUUGAAAAGUCAUCUUUUGCAGCCCCUUAUGAGUAUGCUGUGGAAACAGCAAAACAGAAAGCUCUUGAAGUAGCAAACAGAAUGCACGUAAAACACCUGAGAACACCUGAUGUUGUCAUAGGAGCAGACACUAUUGUGACUGUGGAUGAGCAAAUCCUGGAGAAACCAGUUGAUAAGCAAGAUGCGUAUAGGAUGCUGUCAAGGUUGAGUGGGAAAGAGCACAGCGUGUUCACAGGAGUGGCUAUUGUACAUUGCAGCAGUAAAGAUAAUCAGCUAGAGACAGAAGUCACUGAUUUCUAUGAAGAGACUAAAGUAAAAUUUUCUGAACUGUCAGAAGAGCUCUUAUGGGAAUACAUUCAUAGCGGGGAGCCAAUGGACAAGGCUGGUGGAUAUGGAAUCCAGGCCCUUGGUGGAAUGUUAGUUGAGUAUGUCCAUGGAGACUUCUUGAACGUGGUGGGAUUUCCUCUGAAUCACUUUUGCAAAAAGCUAGCAGAAUUGUACUAUCCACCCCCUAAACAUAAUGUACAACACAAAAAGUAUGACUCUAUCCCUUCUGUGGACACUUUUGAGAACCUAAGUGAUGGAGAAAGUGAAUCUUCAAAUUUCACAGAGCACAAAGGUGCUAGCAAGUUGGACAGCAGUGGGAUGUGUUCCUCAGGAGCUAUUUACAAUUCUGAAACCAAUUCUAGUGUCAGAGCUGGUUUUAUGGUACCUUUGGAAAAUCAGAAUGGAGUGUCAGAAAGCGCAGCAAAACUUCCAUCUAAAAUUCUAGAGCUGAUGGAUGGGUUUAGAGCUUCAAAGGCUCUGUUUGUAGCAUCUAAGCUGAAGAUAUUUGAUCAUCUGAAAGAUAAAUGUCCACUGAAAGCUGUGGAUAUUGCAAAUGAGGUUGGAACCUCUAUAUGUGGAACAGAAAGACUCCUUGAUGCAUGUGCUGCUCUUGGAUUACUGGAGAAAACACCACAAGGUUACAGUAAUACAGAUUCAGCAAAUACAUACCUGACCUUAGAUGGUGAAUACUCACUUCAUGGCUACAUUAUCCACUCUAAUGACCACCUUUGGCCUCUCUUCACAAACUUGGAGUCUGCUGUCAAAGAAGGCAGCAGGCAGAACCAUCGAGCCUUUGGAAGGAAAGCAGAGGAUUUAUUUAAGGACUAUUAUCACAGCCAGGAGGUGAAGCAACGUUUUAUGGCUGCCAUGCACAGCAUUGCGCACCUGACAGCAAGAGACGUGGCUACAGCAUUUGAUCUUUCACAGUUUAAAUCUGCGUGUGAUUUAGGAGGUUGCACUGGAGCUCUGGCUCAUGAAUUAGUACAAAUAUACCCAAAUCUCAAGGUCACAGUAUUUGACCUUCCAGAAGUCAUUGCAAACACCUCUUACUUUCAGCCUUCCAGACAACACACAGCUCCUGUGACAUUUGUAUCAGGGGACUUCUUCGAGGAUAAUCUUCCAGAAGCAGAUCUUUACAUUCUUUCACGUGUUCUUCAUGACUGGCCUGAUGAAAAGAUAAAUGUGCUGUUAAGCAAGAUAUCAUCUGUUUGCAAACCAGGCUGUGGGAUUUUGCUGGCUGAAAUGGUAUUGGAUGAUGACAAGAAGAACAGGAGCACAGUUCUGCUGCAGUCUUUGAACAUGCUUGUGCAGACAGAGGGAAAGGAGAGAAGUGGCUCUGAAUAUCGAGAAUUACUGGAACAACAUGGAUUCACAAAUGUCAAAAUCAGAUUGACGGGAAAUUUGUUAGAUGUUGUUCUCUGUGUUAAGACCUAGAAAAAAUGGAUUUAGUAGUAAAAUCUGGAUGUUUCUAGUCAUGUUUGAUGCUUUGUAAUUAUGCAAAUACAUUCUCAGUUUCCCAUCAAUAUCAUAAACAAGAAAUGUUAUGUCAGCUUUCUGAGGUUACGUUUAAAAAGGAGGAGAGAUUGAUUGCAUUUACUUGAGUAAAAUGAUGCUAGAAGAUUCUUGCAUCAUUUGAUGGCAGCGAUACUGUGGCUACACACCACCUGUAGCACCCUCAGAAACAAGUCUCCAACCAGAAGUGGUAUCAGCAGCCUGUCAUGGUUUUACCCCAGCUGGCAGCUGAGCACCACGCAGCCGCUUGUUCACUCUUCCCCAUUGGGAUGGGGGAGAAAAUUGGAAAAGUUAAAGUGAGAAAACUCGUGGGUUGAGAUAAAGACAUUUUAAUAGGUAAAGCAAAAGCUGCGCGCACAAGCAAAGCAAGACAAGGAAUUCAUUCACCACUUCCCAUGGGCAGGCAGGUGUUCAGCCAUCCCCAGGAACGCAGGGCUCUGUCAUGCGUAACAGUUACUUGGGAAGACAAACGCCAUCACUACGAACGCCACCGCCCUCCCCCUCCCCAGUCCCUCCUCUUCCCUAAGCCUCUUAUAAACUGAGCAUGACAUCAUAUGGUAUGGAAUACCCCUUUGGUCAGUUUGGGUCAGCUGUCCUGUCUGUGUCCCCUCCCAACUUCUUGUGCACCCCCAGCCAUCCCACUGGCAGGGCAGUGCGAGAAGCAGCAAAGGCCUUGGCUCUGUGUGAGCACUGCUCAGCAAUAGGUCCAUAGAACAAAAACAUCUCUAUAUUAUCAACUCUGCUUCCAGCACAAAUCCUAAACAUAGCCCCUUGCUAGCUGCUAUGAAGAAAAUCAACCCUCUCAGCUGAAACCAGGACAUUAUCCACCCCUGAGACUAAGAGUCUCAUGCUCUACGGCAGUAUUCAUGUUGCUGAGAAAUCAGGUUUCUUCAUACUUGGUGCAAUUAGAAUAGUCCAGGUUUUAGACCAGCACAUGUUGCUUGGCCCCUGUUUCAGGAGGUUAAAGCAGGUGUCAUGUCAAUACUCCAUCACCAUCCAUUUUUGUAUCGUUUUAUGU